ACUUCAGCAGUGCUCGAGCGGCACAAAAACGAAAUGGCAUGCACCGACUCCCGAUAGCAGGCACACACCCUGAGGUUUCUUGGGUGCUCGUAAAUGCCCGACUAUGUGGCGCUUCAAACAGAAACGGAGGAGAUGGGAGGCCCUCGUCGCAGCGUCGAUACUUCCGAAUCGCGUAGCACUCUGCACGCUUUGCGACGACAAGCACACAGGGCUCGUGACCACGUAUCAAACACCUGGAAAGUCUGGAAGUCGCAGCCCAACUCGUCAGAGCUCGUGGCGAUCGCGUUGGUCUACCUGGUCCAGGGAGUCACAGACCUGGCCGCGCUGGCUCAGAAGUACCUGCUGAAGGACGAGCUGCACGCCUCCCCGGCGCAGGUUACGUUUGUCAUAUCCGCCGGCAACGUGCCCUGGGCCAUCAAGCCAGCCAUUGGACUGAUCUCUGACACGCUGCCGCUGUGGGGGUACCGGCGCAAGUCCUACCUCAUAGCUGCGGGUCUGGCCGGCGCCGUCGGCUGGCUGCUGCUGGCGCUGCCGGCGGCCUGGGGCGGCGCGGGAUCGAUGGCGGGGGUGCUGGGACUCAUCGUGGCCGUGUCUGGCGCCAGCGCCGUAAGCGACGUGGUGGUGGACUCGAUGGUGGUGGAGCGGGCGCGGCGGGAGGCGCAGGCCGACAGCGGCAGUCUUCAGUCGCUGUGCUGGGCGGCGUACGCGGUGGGGCAGGUCGGCAGCGCCUGGUUCAGCGGCAGCCUGGUGGAGCGGCUGGGGCCCAGGCCCGUGUUCGCACUGACAGCGCUGCUGCCGCUGCUGGUGGUGCUGGUGGGCGUUGGGGUGCGCGAGCGCCGCGGCCCGGGAGUGCUGGAGCUGAUGCGGCGGCUGUGGCGGGGCGAGCGCGGGGGCGGCGGCGUGGGGGCGGAGGCAGGGCGCGGCGCCGACGAGGACGAGGAGGAGUGGCGGCCUCUGACACAGCUGUCGGGCAGGAGGGAAGACGUCAACGGGGAGGAAGGUCUAGAUACAGCAAAGGGGAAAUCCCCGCCCGGCGGCAGAAGCAAGGACGGCCGUGGCGGGAUGGCAGGGGCAGGGGUCGGCUGUAGCAGCGAGGCGUUGGCGCCGCCUGCUACAGCCCGGUCCAUGCAGCGGUUUGACGCGGACGUGGAGCUACAGCUUGGGGAGGUGCGGGGCGGCUGCGCGGAGGGGCGCGCGGCAGCGCUGCCUGGGAGUGAGAGCGACUCGGACUUGAGCCCAGACACCUUGGACGAGGAGGCGGACGCGGGUGCAGCGUGUAGUGGCGGCGGCCGGCGGAGGCGGGGUCGCCGCAGAGGUGGUGGCGGCGGCGGCCGCAGGCGUGGCCAUGAGGAGCAGCGCUUGUUGCUACAGCCCCUCAGCAUAGCGGCAAGUGGCGACGUUGAGGCCUCGGUAGGCUCUGGCGCUGAAGCUAGCGGCGGCGCGAGCAGCUUUGCCGAUGGCCGCCGCGGCGGUGGCGGUGGCUGUAGCACCAGCAGCGCCAGCGCCAGCGGCGGCAGUAGCACCGGUGGCAGGCAACUGCUCACCGCGUGCGCGACGCUGUGCGACAGCCUGCGAGUCACAUCGUUGGCGUUGUGGGACACCGUGCGACGGCGAGAGGUGGCGGGGCCGGUGCUCUUCCUCUUCCUGUCCUCCGCCACGCCUGCCGCGGAUGAUGCCAUGUUCUUCUUCAUGACGGCUCCUGCUCCCACUGGGCUGGGCUUCAGCGCCACCUUCCUAGGUGACGUGGCACUGGCGGUGGCGGUGGCGUCGCUAGCCGGUGUGGGCGUGUAUCACGCCUUCUUGAGGCGGCUGCCGCUGCGCCGCGUGCUGCUGUGGGGUAGCCUGCUGGCGGCGGCGUGCCAGGCGUCCUCUCUAGUUCUGGCCACACGCGCCAAUGUGGCGUUGGGCCUGCCCGACCACCUGUUUGCACUGGGCGACAGCGUGCUGGUGUCGGUGAUCCAGAACGUGCUGUUCAUGCCCACCAUGGUGCUGUCGGCGCGGCUGUGUCCGCCCGGGCUGGAGGCCACCCUGUUCGCGGGGCUCAUGUCGGUGGGCAACAUCGCCACCGGCCUGCGCUACCUGGGCGGCGCGCUGCUGACUCAGCUGCUGGGCGUGACCGCCACCGACUUCCGCAACCUGCCGCUGCUGCUGGUGCUGUGCAGCAUCGCGCUGGUGCUGCCGCUGCCGCUGCUGCUGCUGGUGCCGGCCAGCCUGGACCAAGACCGGGAGGAGCAGGGCCGGGAGCAGGGCGGCGGGGGCGCGGCGGGAGGUGCCGACAGCGGUGGUGGUGGCGGUCUGGCACGGAUGACGCCGGAUUCUAGUGGGAGCGAUGGGGGUUUGGCUGCUGGCAGCGGGGGCGGGAUUGCGGGGCAGUUCGGAGUGGGAGGGGACGCGGAGGUGGGGGCGGGGGUGCUGCAGGAGCGGCGACACGCCGUUCAUUAGAAUUGUUGGUAUGACGUUUGGGACUUUGGGAAUUGGUGGCUGGCCGUCCUAUCGCUGAGGCACAAGGGGCUUUGCAACCGGGGGCGCUGGAAGAGCCCUGGCCCUUUGGCUUGCGGGACAGCCCAGCCUGAGGGGUUUGAGGACGCGGACAAAAGCACAGGUGAAGAGUCUUGAUGUGGGCCCAGCUCCUUGUGAUGAGCUUUGGGCUGAUGAGCAUGCCGAGCUCGUGAGCCAAUUGCCGUACGCAUUUACAGACACAUUCGGGUAGUUUGGGCGUGCGGGAAAGGCCCGAGCGCAACGGCAGGGUAUGGUGGUAUCCACGUGCGGCCGCUAGGACGCCACCCAAUGCCUGGACACCGAUUGUGUUGCUGCCAGCGCGCAUGCGCUUGUCUCCACUUCAUUGUCUUAACAGCUGCGUGCCGCACAGUAUCUUUCAGCUGCCAUGUACUGUGUCAGGUUGUAAGGUCAUCCGAAG